AGGCGGGAUCUUCUUCAUUGAAGCCAAUAGCAGCCGCUCUGCCGCUGGAGGUAACUUGAGGAGCUUCAACAAACCUCUUCGCCGGAUGUGAGGAGCCGAUUUGCUUCCGGGUGAGGGGAGAAGCAUGGAAGAUGAGUUCGCAGAGAGGGAACGUAUCCCGGACGCGAGCUCAACGGCACCAGAACGCUCAAGGCUUCAGGAAUGACAAGUACGACUCCAGCGCCCAACGCAAGAAAAUCAAUGCAAAACACCAUGAAGGGCUCUGUCAACACUGUAAGGAGGUCCUGGAAUGGCGGGUAAAAUUCAACAAGUAUAAACCAUUAACACAGGCUAAGAAAUGCAUAAAAUGUCUGCAAAAGACUGUAAAGGAUUCUUACCAUAUUAUCUGCAAGUCAUGUGCCUGCGAACUAGAGCUGUGUGCUAAGUGUGGAAAGAGGGAAGACAUUGUGAUUCCAAUUCAAACAAAUCUGCAGCCUACUGAGCAAAGGCCUUCCCAAAACCAUGAAAGACAGAAUAAUAGAAAAGAUGUAUUUGAGAAAGAUGAUGAAGCAAAUUUAAGUGGCUUGGAAGAUGAAGAUCUGGAUUUACUCACAUAGCACAUUAAAAACUUAAACUGAAAACUACACGGAUCUAAAUGAUUUCGUCAAAACAAAGCUUUUGGGCAUCAUUUCAUUUCUUCCUAAAUGAUUUGGUGGACAUUUUUGCUGUGUGUGGAGUUCAUGGCAUCUGGAAACAGUUUUCACAAAUCUUAUGAUUCCAUUUUCUUCAAGAACUAAAUUUGCUUAAAAGUUCUGUUGUUAGGAUAACUUUUUUAUUUAAUAAGUUAAAAAGCAACAGGUAUGGUAUCCUAUAUCUGACUUUAAAGUAUUCAUUGUUCCUCAUUCUUUUCCUGACUCCUGUGCUUUCUUUCACUUACCUUAUUCCUUUUGUUUAUAAGGCAAGUAACUCUCCACUUCAUUUUUUUUUCUUCAACAAUUGUUGUUUCAUCUUUUACCUUUAUUUCCGCAUGUAUAGUACUUCCUCUGCCAAAUUAUUGUCUUUAAAGAGGUAACAGCAUCACAAAAUCACUAACGAUUUGGGCCAGAGCCCAUCAUAUUAGAGGGAAAGCAGAGCUGGUACAUCUCCUUGGCUAAGGGAAAAAGGGCUUCACCAUCUUCAGUGGCCACUCAUGCUGUUGUUUCUCCUCUUGUUAUAAGAAAUCAUAAUCGAACAUUGGAGGAGCUUGAGCUGCUGCUUCUUUUUUUGCUGCUUUUAUUUUUGCCUCUUCUGCCAUUAAAUUGUUUCUCCCUCAAUCUUACUUUAACACCACGGAGAGUGUAAAGUAAGCAUUGUGAGAGCAUUUUGUAACACACACACACACACACACACACAAACUAAAAUGCAUAAUAAAACACAUAAUAAGCAGAGGCCAGUAAGAUCCAUUCUGUGAAUCCUAUACCCAGAACAUGAAAGAAUCUAGCCCUUUUACUGAAAAACCUUUGCACGGUGCCUAAGUACCAGGAGCCCUGGUGGUGCAGUGGUUAGAAUGCAGUACCAUAGGCAAACUCUGCCUACAGCCUGGAUUUCAAUCCUGAUGGGAAUCAAGCUUAACUCAGCCUUUCAUCCUUUUAGCCUUCCAGGUAGAUAAAAUGACAUGGAUGGUUGGGGACAAUAUGCUGAUAUUGUAAACCGCCCAGAGUGUGUUGUAAAGUUCUAUGGGGCAGUAUAUAAGUCUUACAUGAUAAUUGCUUUGGCUAAGAUAUAGUGGCCAUACUGGUAAAGAUAAAAAAAACAUCAAGACAAGUAACAGAUCUUUUCUAAAUUGUAAUUACUUUCAUUUGGGAAAUGAAUUGUCAGAUAGGAAAAGGAAACCAGUUGCUUUACAAGAAAUAUGUUUUGUAUCAUUCCUAUCCUUGCUUUGGAGAAAAUUAAAGAAAUUAUAGUAUUAUAAGAGCAGUUUGGAUUGUAUUUGUUGUGCUAAGUUUAAAAAUAGUGAUGUUACCUGCUUAACAUGUAAAUAUAAUAUGUAUGAUGAGAGUUUUGUGUCUUGGUUGCCCAUCACCACAGCAGACACCUGGAAGCUUAUAUUUUGAUAUUGCUUAUUUAUGUAUUUGUUCUAGUUUAAUAAAUGAACAUGGCCUUAUUGAU